AUGCACAUACGGUGGCCAGAGUAGGACCAUGAGUGUCUUCCUCUAUUGUUCUCCAUUACAAAUACUUGGUUUUGGGUAGGCUGACUGGCUGGCCAGUGAGGCUCUCAGGAUCUGCCUGUCUUCAUACCCUAGUGCUGAGGUUAUAGGCACCGGAAGCCAUGCCUGGCGUUUUAUGUGGGUGAUGGAGAUUCAAACUCAGGUCCUCAGGUUUGCAGAGCUGGUGCACUUCUGAGCCAUCUCCCUAGACCCUGUGUGGUGUGUACUUAAGGAUUUGACUGAGUCACUCCAUGUGAUAGAUACUCUAGGUGUUCCAGCAUUUUACAGGACCUGGGAUUUGUGCCUCCUGUCUAUUGCCUCUCUUCUUUCUCUAGCCCUUUACCCCUGACCUUGACUUGUUGCCUUCCUUUCUGGCACUAGACCCACACUCCCAACUGCUGGUAGUAUCUGAGGGCUUUACAGCUCUGCUUACCCUCUUUUUGCUCGAUACCAGGGCUGCCUAGCCAAGCCCAUUAUCCCGAGUCCUCCCCUGUUUGGUGGAGCUGUUGCUGCACCUCCCUGACCUUGCUCUGAGGACUGGGCACUCCUAGGAGUUAGGGGUGGGUGGGGUUAGGGCUGAAACCCAUUUGCACAGACGCAUUCCUAUUUUAUGUUCUAUUAACAAGUUUACUUUUCAGGCGAAUACUUCCCUUUCCACCCUCCUUCCCUUCUCGGUAUUUCGCCCUUGGUUUCCUAUACAAGAAUCUUACCAUAGCUUCUUUUUAUAGGUGGAAAUACACCCUGGUAUCUUCAGGCUAGAGGCAGUCAUGUUUAUGAGCACCGAAGACCCUUCCUUGUAGCUCUUCACUGCCACCUGGCUGCUUGCCUCUAAAGGGGAGAGUGGAGUGCUGGCUACGUCGUUACUGCCGGCAGGACUGGGUGUCUAGUGGAGAUUCGGGAAGGCUCCCUCUGCCUUAGUAAGCAGUUUGGAAUCUGAGCAGGCAGGACCAGAACCUGAGAGAUGGGUUUGGGGCUAAAUACUUUCCUCCCUGAGACACUUCCAGGGCUCCAGAAGAGCGCCAUACUCAGAUCACAGGUCCCACUGCGCCAGCUCGCACAGAGCGCCUGAUUCGCAUAGUGUCAGGGCACAGCACCACUCAAGACAGGUAGCACUGCAGAGACAGGAUGUCACACAGAGUUGAUGACUUGUAAGAUUGCUGCUGUUUUCAGUUCCCCAUCCUCCGUGAGUAGUAAAACGGAAAAGCACAGACCAGAAAGAGGAGCCCCAGGAAACUCGGACUAUCGGUCUCUGACGCGGAGAGAAAGUUUGAGAAAACAAGUGGUAGUACACAGCAAACAACUGCUAGCGAAUGCAGAGAGAUGGCCGGGGUUUGCGCUCACUGUGACCCAGAGGGCAGGGAGGUCAGGUGCAAGGGGCGGGGGCUCUGGCCAUGGGCCUGGCCGGGGCGGGCCAGCCGGCGGGGCAUUUAAACCACAGUCGCCAGUGUCGGGGACUCGUGCGGGCUCCGUACCCUCCGUCGUCCCAGCUCCAGGUACCAGCCACGCAAGAUGCGGUCUUCCCUGGCUCCGGGUGUCUGGUUCCUCCGUGCCUUCUCUAGGGACAGCUGGUUCCGUGGCUUCAUCCUGCUGCUCACCUUCCUCGUUUAUGCCUGUUAUCACAUGUCCAGAAAGCCCAUCAGCAUUGUAAAGAGCCGCCUGCACCAGAACUGCUCAGAGCUGGUCAGACCCGGCAAUGACACCCACGAUCCCAAUGAUACCACCUGGUGCAGCUGGAGUCCAUUUGACAAAGAUGACUACAAGGAGUUACUGGGAGCUGUGGACAAUGCCUUCCUAGUGGCUUAUGCCAUUGGCAUGUUUAUUAGUGGAAUCUUUGGGGAGCGGCUGCCCCUCCGUUACUACCUUUCAGCUGGACUGGUGCUCAGUGGCCUGUUCACCUCCCUCUUUGGCCUGGGGUACUUCUGGAAUAUCCACAUGCUCUGGUACUUUGUGCUUAUCCAGAUCUGCAACGGACUUGUUCAGACUACAGGCUGGCCAUCUGUGGUGACCUGCGUUGGCAACUGGUUUGGAAAGGGAAAGCGGGGAUUCAUCAUGGGCGUCUGGAAUUCCCACACUUCUGUGGGCAACAUUCUGGGCUCCCUGAUUGCUGGAGUCUGGGUGAACCAGCAGUGGGGCCUGUCGUUUAUCGUGCCUGGCAUUAUCACCGCUAUCAUGGGCAUCGUCACCUUCCUCUUUCUUAUUGAAUAUCCAGAAGAUGUGGAUUGCACCCCUCCUCAGCACCAUGAUGACCUGGAGAAGGAACGAGACAACCCCGAGGAUCCUGCGAAUGGUCCCUAUUCCCACAGGGAGUCCAAUGCGGACAUUGCAGUCAGCUCCUCCAAGGAGCAGGGCUCUGAGCCUGAAGCAAUCAGUUUUCUGGGGGCACUCAAAAUUCCGGGUGUGAUCGAGUUCUCGUUAUGUCUGCUCUUUGCCAAGCUGGUCAGCUACACCUUCCUCUACUGGCUGCCUUUGUAUAUCUCCAAUGUGGCUCACUUCAGUGCCAAGGAGGCUGGGGACCUAUCCACACUCUUCGAUGUUGGUGGCAUCAUAGGUGGCAUCAUGGCAGGGCUCAUCAGUGACUACACCAACGGCAGGGCGACCACUUGCUGCAUCAUGCUGAUUCUGGCUGCUCCCAUGAUGUUCCUGUACAACUACGUUGGCCAGAAUGGAAUAGCCAGCUCCAUAGUGAUGUUAAUUAUCUGUGGGAUCCUGGUCAAUGGCCCAUAUGCACUGAUCACUACGGCGGUCUCUGCUGACCUGGGCACACAUGAGAGCCUGAAGGGUAACGCCAAGGCCCUUUCCACUGUCACGGCCAUCAUCGACGGCACUGGCUCCAUAGGUGCGGCUCUGGGGCCCCUGCUGGCUGGGCUGAUUUCCCCCACAGGCUGGAAUAACGUCUUCUACAUGCUCAUCUCUGCCGAUGUCCUGGCUUGCUUGCUCCUCUGCAGGUUGGUGUACAAAGAGAUCCUGGCCUGGAAGAUGUCCCGGAGCAGAAGCAGCGGGUGAGUUCCCUAGCAGUGGAAGCCCUGCACCUAACAUCACUUCUGGGACUCUACCCAAUGCUCAGUUACUCUGUCCUCUGUCUGUGCUGGUCCAUCCUGGGCCUCAGGAACAGAGGAAGCCCUGCCCCUAACAUCACUUCUGGGACUCUACCCAAUGCUCAGUUACUCUGUCCUCUGUCUGUGCUGGUCCAUCCUGGGCCUCAGAAACACCGAAGCAGCUCCUGGUCCUUGAUGUACCAUUGGACCCCCAUCCCACCCCAGACCUGCUAACCUUUCCCCUCUUGUCCCCGUGUGUCUCCAUAGCUCUAGUCUGGCCCUAACCCACCCGCGAUAGUAUUUUCCUCAAGUCCCGUGAGUUUGUGAGUAUUUUCUUCAAGUCUGACUAAUACGCCAUCAGAAUGUGGGCUGCAUGUGAAUCCUCUCCACUCCUGUGUAUGAUUUCCCCCCAACCCCAACCAGCUUUUUCUGUUUCCUUGGGAGCCAUACCUGGAGAUUCAAGCUAGUCAGAACAUGGUGCUUGGGAAGUGUUUCUCAGGGGACCUGAGAUGCUACAGAGGGCUUUGGACACACCCGUAGGGCAAAGGGGGCAGAGAUACAGAAUCCUUUCUUCUCUGAACCGAGGCUGAGCUGCAGGUGCCUCCUAAACAUCAGAAAUCAAAGCCACCUGCCCCCUCUGCCUGGGGUGUGUGGAAAAAGGCAACUAUGAAAUCAAAGCCUCUGGAACAAAUUGCAAUCAAAGUGGCUAGUCCGGUGUGGUUUCUGCCUGGUGUCCAGUGGUGGUGGGUAUGGAAAGUGCAUAGGUCAGUGACUGAGUCGGCGCUGGCCAGAGGCUG